GUUUGCCAAAUUAACCAGCCAAAACCGGCUUUAGAAAGAAAAAAAAAAAAAAAAACAAAACAAAAAGCUUCUCCCUUUGGCUCUCUCUCCCUCUGCACUCUUUCUCUCUCUACUGCAACCGCAAAACCAAAAAAAAAAAAUUGAAAAUGGCGGCAACGGAUUCCAGAAGGUCUUCAAGCGGACCGGUCAUCCGAUCCCUUUCUCCGUCCGGCAGAUUCCACCUUCCUCGCUCUCCUUGUUCAAAUGCUUUCGCUUCUUCCACCUCCAGCUUCGCCUCUCGCUCUUCCACUUUAUUUUCUAGCCACCACCAAAACCACAGAUCUGCAUCCCCCACUCGUGUUAACUUGUACGGGAGCACUCCGUCAGUCCCCUCUGUACGUUUCUCCCUUGACCGUCCGGUCUCCCCCAACCGCGCUAUAUCCACUAUCAAUCCUUCUCGCGGCCAACAAGUGGUCAGGAAGCCUAGCACUCCAAAGAGGACUUGUAUGUGCUCGCCUACGAAUCACCCUGGGUCUUUCCGCUGCAGCCUUCACAAGAACGUCAACAAUUCGCACUCCGCUGUCAAUUGCUCGCCUAAUACUCGCUUAAACGCACGCAGAUCCGCGAUGACGAACUCCUUGGUGAGAAUUUGUGGAGUGGAGGGUGACUUGGUGAAGAGAGCUUUGUCGGCCCUUAUUAGGCCGUCUUCACACCAGCAGCGGCGGCGCGCAGCUUUCCAGCAUCGACCAAGCCGACUCUCCGUCAUGUCCAAAGCCAAAGAUGUGUGAUAAAUUGGGGAUUUUAACUCAAGCCUUCUUGCGUGAUUAGUUGUCUGAAUUUCCCGGCGACUGUGAGGCUCAGUCCAGGCGCGUGGCAGCGCAUGAGAAUCGCGACUAGCGUGUUUCAUUGGAUCCGAUAGCGGGAGCUUGCUGUCUAUAUAUUUUUGAGUGUACAUAGCUACAACGAUAUAUGAAAGACUUGCGGCCAUGAACGGCCGAUUUCAGGA